AUGUUGAAGCUCAAGGGAGCGGUGGCGGCGGUGAUGGCGGCGAAGGCUAUGGAGAAGCAGAUGCGAGCUGCGAAGUUCAUGAGAAAUCCAAAAGAAGUCAUCGCGGAGUUUCAGCGGGAGCACGCCUUUGUCAUUUCAGGGAGCACUGGUACAACUAUUGGGGUCAUAUUGACAGGCUGUCGGGUCAAGUUUGUCAUACCGGGAUCUCCUGGCUCCAGGCCGAUAGUGGGGAAGAAGCUUGAAAUCGACGAUCAGAUUCUGGCGGUGGAUGAUAGGCCCGUCGAUCCAGAGACCGUUGUUGAUGCAGUUCGAGGAAGCAACAUAGUCGGCUCAAAGGUGUCCCUCAAAGUCCGCAGGGCCGGCAGCGGAUUGGAGCAGGUCGUCGUGUGCGUGAGAGCUCCCUUGAACUUCGUUGAGGAUACCAAGGACAUGUACCUGCUCCUGGAAGAAGCUCGCCUGUACAGAGGAGUGGGGACGUUGAUCUCAAAGAUAGAACAGAAGUUCUCUCAGCUAGAAUCCAACCAUGAACUCCUGCAGGAGCACAUGCGGCGGACCAUAUGUGCGCUGGAAGCCGAGUUAGAGAGCAACAUUAAUGAAACACAGGAGAUUCUGCACGAAAUCGAUGGAGAGGAGGGGGUCGAGGGAACUUCAGGCGAAGAGAAUUUGAAUCAGCGGAUAGAGCAUAUGCAGCAUGCGAUCGAUUCAAUCGAGAAGUGCUUUGAGAACCUACACCCUAACGAGAGUCUCCUUCUUGACAAGUCUCUGACCCCGUGUGCUCGUGGCCACGAGGACGACAGGCUGCAGCAAGACAUUGAAGCACUCCUGAGGGAACUGGAAAACGAAAAGAAGAGAAGGGAAAUGGUUGAGAACCAAGCGAAACUCUUUGGAGAAGAAUUCAUGCAACUCAGCCAUCAGUGGCAGACAGAGAAGCAAAGGCUCGAGGAAGACCUACAGAUAAUGGAAGUCCGCUGUGACGGAGAUAAGAGGAUGUUGGAAGAGAUGAGCAUGCACUUGCAGGCUAAGGAUGGAGAGAUUGUAGCAUUGCAAGAACAGCUGCAUGCGAGCGAUUUGUUGGUCCAAGAGGCAAAGGACAGGACGGAUUCUUUGGCAGAGAUGCUGAAGUCAAAAUCAAACUCGCUAGCGAUGGAGGCCAAAAAGUUGCAGGAGGAUCUUCAAGCCUCAAAGGAUGCGUAUGCUACCCUCAGCCAGCAGCAUGACGAACUCCAGCAAGUGCUUUGUUCGGAGAGAGAGAAGUACCAACAACUGCAAGUACGAAAAGACCACGAGGCGAUGGCGGAGUCUUCUCCAAACCCCGUUUCUGAUGUGCAGAGACUUGAGAUGAACCCUAGCCGGGCCCUGGAGCCCAGCGCAAUCGAGAAAUUGGAAACAGGGCCCGUCAUGAAUCCCACUCAUGAUUCUUUCCAACGAAUGUUACAGUCUGGUGAGGAAGAAGAGCAGCUCAAUUUCGUCGCCGAUCGGCUGUCAGGUUCAUCGGGAUGGGAAGACUUGUAUGGAGAUGGGUUGCCACCCUCUGUGCGGAAGUUUGUGUUGAAACGUGUGAAUUCACGAAACCGUACAAGUCAAUUGGCCGAGUAUUUCGAUGCUUGGGCAUGGAGGUGUUUGUACAAGAAGCAAAGGCACUUUCGGAUAUCAAAAGCAAGACUGAUGGGCUUGAAAACCUUGUUCAACAUGUGGAUGCAUUACAUCGUUCAAAAGAAAGGUAGAAAGAUGAAAGAGGGAAGAAUACGAGGCAACUCAAUGGUACGAUGCUCUUGUAAGGCAUUUGCCGCGCUUCAAGGGUUGAAGAGAAGGUCCAGAAUGGCAAAAAGAUUUCUCUUAAACAACAGUAUGUUUGCCUUCUGA